AGUAAGCACUGUGAGAAAUAACUGGCUGAAAGUGUUUGUUACUGUUCAACCUUUUGAUGUGCUCUUAAAAAGUAGCACAAAUCCAUAAAACGCCUUGCGAUCAACUUAAGCGGGAACACAACAUUCGAAUCCAUCUACUCGUUGCUAAGGUAUAGUCCUUUCCUCUUCUCUUCAAAACAUGUCUAACUGGGCUUUUAAAAGAUUUGGUUUUGGAGAAGAAAACCCUCAAGCCUGCCCGGAGGUCCUCCUUUGCUGGACACAUCUUACAACCACAAGGGAGCAGUCUUUCCUUUGAUGAGGUCUUCCCUCCACCUCCACAGAAAUGGCAGAACAAGCGUAAGUUUGCACACCGUCUGAAAGAGAUUUCCAUUAGCCCUGGACGCCGGAAACCGCAAAGGACAGUCAAGUUUUGAUUUUCAAGGGGAAAGCCUUCGCUAAACUUUCGCUCAGCCGCCAGACCUGUUGGUUCCUGGGAGGGGCUCUUUUGAAACCUCGAAGAUUCCUACACUCUCGAAGACCCAGAGCGGUGGAUUACGUCUGUCCUGGAACCAGAAAUUAAAAGCCCGGCUGUGCCAGGCUGUCUGAAUGCACCAGCACCUACGCUUUGAAGAUCUGAAGUCUCGUCUUGCAAGAGAUCGGUCUCUUGGGUGAUUUGUUUGCUUCCCGGCGAGGGAUGGAGAAACGUAAGCCGGCCGAACUGCUGCCCCUGCGGUCGUGCUACCUCCGCGGCGAGCCCCCGGACCUGCCGGGGUCCCUGCCCCGCCUCCCCCUCGGGGACCCCUUCAGGGUCUCGUGGCGUCUCGACGCCGCGUGCUGGGAGCGGGCGCCCCGGGACUGCGCCGCGAGGCGGUCGUGCCCGCCGCUGCCGCUGGACCGCGCCUUCGAGCCCGCCUUCCUCCGCCGGCGCAACGAGCGCGAGCGGCAGCGGGUACGCUGCGUGAACGAGGGGUACGCGCGCCUGCGAGACCACCUGCCCCGCGAGCUGGCCGACCGGCGGCUCAGCAAGGUGGAGACGCUCCGCGCCGCCAUCGGCUACAUCAAGCACCUCCAGGAGCUGCUGGAGCGCCACGCCCGGGGGCAGGAGGGCCCCGCCGGCACCCGUCCGCCGCGCGCCGCCGAGUGCAACAGCGACGGCGAGUCCAAGGCCUCGUCGGCGCCCUCGCCCUGCAGCGAGGCCGAGGAGGCGGGCAGCUAGCGCGCGCCCGGCCCGGCCCCGGCCCUCCGCGCCCGCUGCAGCCUUGGAGCCCCUCCGAGGGUGGUUUGCAUUUUUGAGCUGGUUUUUUAAUCCAGGGCUAAAUUUUAGGAAAAAGAAAUGCGUGUCUUCCGGCGGGGAACGUGUCUUCUGACCUUCUGGCUGCCACCCCCGC